CGUUGGCCUACGCGGAAGGCCGAGUGGCCGGCUGCUGCUAGCCAGGGGCGGCGGGGCUCGGGGUUCGGGGCUCGGGGCGGCUUUCCCCGGGCGGUGAUGGCGCGCACGGGCGCCGGGAGACAGGGGCCGUUGUAGCGGACUGAGCGGCGGGCCGGAGGCGGCCCUAGCGCCCGGUCGCGCGCCAUGGCCCCCAUGGGCAUCCGCCUGUCCCCGCUGGGGGUGGCCGUGUUCUUCCUGCUGGGGCUCGGGGUGCUCUACCACCUCUACUCUGGCUUCCUGGCCGGCCGCUUCAGCCUGUUCGGCCUGGGCGGCGAGCCGGCGGCGGGAGGGGCGGCCGAGUUGGCCGGCGGGGACGGGGGCGCGGUGGACCUGCGCGAGAUGCUGGCCGUGGCGGUGCUGGCGGCCGAGCGCGGCGGCCAGGAGGUGAGGCGGGUCCGCGAGAGCAAUGUCCUCCACGAGAAGUCCAAGGGGAAGACGCGCGAGGGCGCCGAGGACAAGAUGACCAGCGGCGACGUGCUGUCCAACCGCAAGAUGUUCUACCUGCUCAAGACGGCUUUCCCCAACGUGCAGAUAAAUACUGAGGAACAUGUGGAUGCAUCUGACAAGGAGGUCAUUGUAUGGAAUCGUAAGAUUCCUGAGGACAUCCUGAAGGAAAUAGUUGCUCCUAAAGAAGUCCCUGCGGAAAGCGUGACUGUCUGGAUUGACCCGCUUGAUGCUACCCAGGAGUACACGGAGGAUCUUCGGAAGUAUGUCACUACCAUGGUGUGUGUAGCUGUGAAUGGCAAACCUGUGCUAGGAGUUAUUCACAAGCCAUUUUCUGAAUAUACAGCUUGGGCAAUGGUGGAUGGUGGUUCAAAUGUGAAAGUCCGCUCCUCCUACAAUGAGAAGACCCCAAAGAUCAUUGUGUCUCGCUCUCACGCAGGGAUGGUCAAACAGGUUGCUUUACAGACCUUUGGAAAUCAGUCGUCAAUCAUCCCAGCUGGCGGUGCUGGUUAUAAAGUUUUAGCACUCUUGGAUGUGCCUGAUGUGAGCCAAGAAAGAGCAGAUCUAUAUAUUCAUGUGACAUACAUCAAAAAAUGGGAUAUAUGUGCUGGCAAUGCCAUUUUAAAAGCCCUUGGGGGGCAUAUGACCACUCUGAGUGGUGAAGAGAUCAGUUACACUGGGUCCGAUGGCAUUGAAGGGGGACUCCUUGCUAGCAUUAAAAUGAAUCAUCAAGCCCUGGUCAGAAAACUCCCGGAUUUAGAAAAGUCAGGACAUCAAUAAGCAUUUUUAAGCACAGGGUGCAACUCCGUGAAUUGUUCGGCCUGAACUUUCGGAAGCUUCAAAGGACUGGUGGAGACUAUGCAUGGUUAAGGCCGUCCUGAACUUAGGAAGUACUUAUGAAGCAUCAGAGACUUAGUUUCCCUGAAAUAGAAUGUAAAAUCAGGGAAAUUAGGUUGCUUCAUUUCUCAAGUAUUGUCUUUAUUUUUGAGACUAUUUUCAUACAGUUGUCAUACACAAGGCACAUAUAUAUAUAUAUAUAUAUGUAUGUAUGUAUAUAUAUAUAUAUUUGUGUAUUAAAAUCUAUAGCUAGGUCUACACUGUUAUGAGUCACCAUUUUCACUCAACAAAUGAUGAGUCUACACUGUUGAGAAUUUCGUAUAGAAUUGGGUUUGAGGAAGGCUUCGUUUUGUAUAGUUGUGUAGUGUAAUUUUGAGGUUGUAUCUUACUGAAAAUAAAGUCAUUGGUGAUUUUUACUCCUCAGAUGGAAAGCACAAGAAGUCUCAUAUUCAUUAAUUGCAACAAGUGGCCUGGUCAUCUGUCAUUUCUAUGGAUUUAGUAGAAAAGGCUUUAACAGAUUUUUUCUCUGAAACUUGACUAACAGAUUCACCAGCUGAUAAAAAGUCCAGACAAAUGAUAAACUGCAUUAGAGUUAGAGUUUUCGUGAUGUGGGCUUUGUUUUGAUCAAAGUCUAUCUAUGGUUCCAACAUUUCUGCCAUGUUACGUUGACUUUCAUUUUCCCUUGGAAGAUGCAUUCGUCCAUUCUUUCUUUGUUGAGCUAGAAGUUGGCUUUAAGCUUCAAUAUUAGCAUUAUGAGUUCUAUAUUUUUAUUAGAGAUAAAAUAUACUGUAAGACACUAUAAGAAUAUAAAUGAUUUUCUAAUAAUUGAAAGUUAUUUCACAUUAAAUGGACUUAGAGGUCUUAGUUAUUUUUCAGGAAUUUGGUUUCAGCAAAUUUUUGCAUCCUUGCCAGGUUUAUCAGUAGAGAGUCCCUUAUUAUCAAAAAUGGGCACAGUUCCUUUUUAACUUUAAUGGACUUAUAACAACAUUCUCAAAGAAAUUACUUUUGACCAUAAUCCCAUUGUUUUCUCUCAGAUUACUGUUAAUGAAACAUUGAUGAAAAUUUCCCCCCACUCAGUUGGCAGAAUGUGGUUAGAAAAAGAGAUGAUGGCAUUUGUCACGUUGCUGUGACUAAGCUUGCUUUCCAAGCUGUGUUUUUUGUGUUGCUCUAAGAACUUGUUUUUGUUGGUGUGUUUUUUUCUUAGCGUGAUCUAGAAAAUUGAGGUAUCAUGUUUUUACAUGUGGCUUUGAUACCCUUCUAAACUUGAAUGAGUAAUUUCUCAUAUUUUCUUUUCUUAAAAAUAUAACCCUAAAGCAGUUUUCUAUUUAUUUUCCUAUCUUAGAGGUAAAAUUGAGCUGAGUGGCCAUGCUAGCCUGAUAGACACACCUCAUGUAGGUUUUCACGUCAUGAGGUGCAAGGCCCAGGUGGUUCCUCAGUAGUGGACGGAAUCUUGGUGCUGUACAGUGCUUUCCCCAGGCCUAGCCGCUGCUAGUAUUGGCCUUCAUGCAGUGAAAAGUCAAAGUUCUGGAAGUUGGAAACUUAUUGUUUAUUUAGCAGGAGUUGUGAGUUUUGACAACAGUUUCUGACACUAAUUACUAAGCAAUAUGGCAAGAGGAAGGAAACACUGCUUUCUCCAGAGAUGACAGAAGCAGUACUCACCAGAGUCCUGUGAUACAGACAUUGUUUUCAUUGUAUGUCAGAACAGGAAAUGGAAUAUAAUGAAAAUGUUCUAAUGUGCGGAAACUUAUUAUUCAGUAGAAACAAAACUAGUCCAUAUUAGCAAACAAGACUGUUUUAGAUUUUAAUUUCAUUAAUCUAUAUAACUAAGGAUAUAAACAAUGUGUGUUAAGCUCAAAAGUUAAGAUGUUGGCUGAGAAUUGAAAGUAUUAUUUUAUAAUUUGUUGGUGUUGUCUAGUUACUAACGAUUUUAAAUACUUCUAUAGACAUUUAUAGUUCAUUUUUAAAAAAUUUGUUUAAGAGCCAAUAUACAUUACAAGGAAAAUGGUAUUUAUAUUUAUUUAUGAGGUAUUAUUGUGCCAGAGUGUACUAGCCAUGGAGUAUGUAAUAUCUCUCAGAAUUAACAUUAAAUUGUUUUAUUUCUAAACAUAACUAAGCAAGUUUACAUUUGGAAGUGCACCUCUUUUCCCUUUAGUAGAAGCAGAGACACCAGAGCCGCACCUGUCUCCGAGGCCGCCAAUCAGUCCCUUCGCACCCUGCCCUAUCUUUCCUUUGGGCCCCCUUUCUUAGCUCCUGUGCUACCUUGCCCCACGCUUAACCCAGAUUUCUUCUAUAAACUCAUUCUUCUUUAUAUUGGCCACUGAACACUGAAUUGAGCCUGGUAAAGUUCACAGUGAAAGUGAUCAAUCCUGGAAGAGAUCUGCUUAGCCAUUAUUUUUGAGAAGUAAAGAAAAUCACCUUCAAAACCUUAAAGUUCAUGUUGUCUUGUGUCUCAAAACUAAUGUUUUCACAAAGCACUUCUCCCGACUCAUCUUUAUAUAUAAUCAAGCCUGGAAUAUACCAGUGAAUCGGAUAGGUAAGCUCGCUUGAAGAAACCUGCUUUCUCGGAUGGUUUUCAUUCUUAUAGCCCCUCCAUUUCAGUUGCCUUUACAAGGCCCUACAAGACAGUCAUAUUCAACUUUGCGGGUUUUCUCCUUUCCCCAGUUUUAUGGUUUUUUUUUUAACUGAAAUACUCAAAUGAGGUAUUAACAGUAUCUAAUGAACUGAUGAGAGCAUCUAGAUUCGUGUUCAUAUGGCAGUUGUGUGGAUUCUCUGUUUCCUAGGGCUGCUUUGCACUGUUCUGAAGAUUGUCUCAGAAGAUACAGGUAGGGCCAGGCUUACAAGAGAAGAAAGAUGUGGGCGCUCACAAGAGACAGCAGUGAUGGAGGGAGGCUAGCAUUCGCCUUGCCUGACCCCAUGCUCUUAGGUGCUGAGUUCAAGUACCUGAUAAUACUCUGGCUGUGGAGGUGGCAGCACUCUGCCCCGACAAGUAAGGUGGAGGGCUAAUGCAAAACAGAAGUCACUCAUUUUAACCUGGUGAUGCUGAAAUUGGCCUCCUGGGACAACCCAGGAGGUUAAAGCAAGAACUCUUUGGGGCUAUUCUAGCCGCAACUACCUGUCUUGGCCGUGUAGAUAAGAGUGUUGCUGUGUAGAAACAGCAGUAGUUUUUCAUAUUAGGUCUGGAUUAAGAUGUCUUUAAUGAUAUGCCUGCAAAGUGGCUCUGUCCUAUACCUAUGUAGAAAAAAUAUCUAAUCUGUGGGGUUUUUUCCUUAAGAAAAAAGUUGUGCCUUAAAUAGGGCAUUGUAUGUUACUGAUGCAAAACAAUUUUUUUUAAUAAAUGGGAAAAAUAGCUUUUUUCUCAUUAAACUUUAAGUUCUUGUAAUGUUUUUUAUAUCAGAGUUGGGGAAAGUCAUUAAAAUUAAACUGAUAAGUUAUUUUUGCAUAAUGUAGCAUUUCCAGUUGAAGUCCAUUUUUCUAAAAACUGGAUCAUGAUGUAUAUAAGUCUGAAAUGAUGUUUCAACAUUUGGUUCUUAAUUAAAUGUAAGACCAAGAGAGAUUGCAUUUUACACAUUUUACUUUUAAAUAAAUCAUUUUGGACUACUUUACCUUUUCUAGUCCUCUGGGGUAAUUUUGGUUAAAAAAAAAUAGCUGUUAGUGGUAGCAUUUUGGUGGUCUAUUAGUUAAAUAAUAUUGUGUAUUGUGACUAAUAGAUUUGACCAGCCACAGUUGUGAGGGCUGCUUCACAAUAGUGGAGUUCUGCAGUGACAUUCUGUGAAGUGCUGACAUGUGUGCAUUGUUGUCUUUUAUCAAAGCCUGGCAGGUAUAUGUAUUUGACUUAGCAUUGACAAAGGAUUUUUUUAAUUAUUCUUUUUUGAGCUGGAUGGUAAUUUAAUGGAAGAAAUGGCAUCUUUCUCUGAGAUAAUAAUACAAGUCAAACUGAAGUUAAGGAUGAUGAAUAAUGCUAAAACAGCUGCUUAUAUACCAUGGUUGUGAUCAUUCCCUACUAAAGUAUUAUGUAACGAAUGUAUCCGUGUAAAAUGCAAAAGCCGAGGUUGUGAUGUUUUGUCAAUAUAUUUAAUUAAAUUAUUUUAAGGUGUAAAACAAGUGGUACCUUUGUCAUUCUGGAGAGAUGUUCCUUCAUUUUUCUUUUUUAAACUAUAAACACAGUAAGUUAACAUGAGAUACUUAACCUGUAAACAAUCUCAUGUCCCCAGAUGUGGCCUUCAGCCUUCAUUAUGUGGAGCAAUCUGCAGAGGUGCCCUUCCUGCCUUGUGCUCACACUGGCAGAGCAGCCUGUGGUCUAGAGGGCGUCUGUAGUGAUGGAUGCAGCUCCACUCUGGCUUGUGAGCAUUUGCAGUGCUGCCCGAACAGCUGGGCCUGCAUCGCCAGAGCUCACCUUUCUGCUAAACUUCUCAUCCUCACGUCCUGUUAGUUGAUUUUCUAAAAUGGGUCAACAGUGAGAGAAAUUAAGAUAUUUUACCUUUGAAAACUUUCUUACCACACAUUCAAAGCCGUGGAGGAAAUAAACUGUUUCUUGUUGCAGAGAUGCUACGUUUUCUUAGCAGGCUCUGAUCUGCCAAUCUACUCCACCAGAAUAAAGUGGAGCCAUUGUCAACUGAACUUCUUCCCAUGGCCUUCAAAGAGUGCUUUGUGCCUCACCACACCACUUUUAUUAUAAAGGCUGUUGGUUCACUUGCUAAAGAGGUGGAGUGUGUCUUUGAUUUGUGUGUGUUUCCACCAUAUUCCCAAUACCUAGUGUAUUGCACAAAUUAGGUCCAGAUUGUGUGGUGCAUUGGACUAAAGGGUCACUACUAGUGUUAGCAUGCUUCAUGCCUCAGUAGUAUAAGCUAGUUGUUUUCUUUGCUGAUAUUUGUAAUUACCACCCCCAACACACAACUUUUUUUUUUUUUAAGUUUUGCCUUUCCUCUGGAUACCACCCCCAUGGUCAAUUAACUGUAUAAAAUGUGAUUGCUUCUGGUGACAUAAUUAUUCUAAACCCUGCCCCUGGAUAUACUUUGAAAAAUGAAAUUUGAAUUUCUUGAAUAAAUUGGUCAUG